AUGGAUGUUGAAAUGGUUAAAUAUCACCUUUUUCAAUACGGAUUUGUUGAGAACUAUUUUGUUUGGAAAUAUCAAGGGGAAGAAGAUGCUAUUGAUGAGAUGUAUUAUGUUAAUGAUUUGCAUGGUGGAACUCAACCUGAAUUGGGAUAUGAUAAUCCGUACCGACAAAUGGUUUUGGAUGUAGCUGGUUCAAACUUUGAUCAAGGUUUGAGUCGACAAUUUCAAAGCAAUAUUGAACAUGAGUCAUCUCAUACUUAUGAAACUUCAAUGGAGGAGGAGAUCAAUCCUUCAAUAGAGGAGGCGUCUGAUCUUCCAAUGGAGGAGGAGCCUAAUCCUGAGUCUCAAAGAUUUUAUGAUUUACUACAUGCCGCUGAUGCAAAAUUGUAUCCCGGUUCCUCCGUCUCUCAACUUGAAGUUGUCUCUAGGAUGUUAAACAUUAAAAUGGAGAACAACAUGUCACAGAGAGGUUACAACCAAAUGAUGCAAUUGUUGAAAGAUUCUUUACCUGAAGAUAACAUAGUGCUUGAUAACUAUUAUCAAACAAAGAAAUUGGUGCGUAGCUUGGGUUUGCCAGUUGAGAAGAUUGAUUGUUGUGAAUCAGGAUGUAUGUUAUGUUGGGGCGAUGAUGAGAACCUUACAUCUUGUAAAUUUUGUGGCAAUCAGAGGUAUAAGCGUCGUGUAGGCUCUCGUAAGCGGAAAUUGGUCCCUUAUAAGAAAAUGUAUUAUUUUCCUUUGAUCCCUAGAUUAAAAAGAUUAUAUGCAUCUCAUGCUACAGCUGCUGAUAUGAGAUGGCAUCAUGAGCAUACACAGGACGAAGGGGUAAUGCGUCAUCCAUCAGACUCUAAUGCUUGGAAACACUUCAAUGAAACUCAUACCUUUUUUGCCAAUGAACCAAGAAAUGUAAGAUUGGGGUUAUGUACGGAUGGUUUCCAACCAUUCAGUCAGACUGGGAGGAAAUACUCUUCGUGGCCAGUGAUUGUAACUCCAUAUAAUUUACCUCUAGGAAUGUGCAUGAAGGAAGCGUAUAUGUUCUUAACUGUCAUUAUUCCAGGGCCAAACAAUCCCAAACAUAAAAUUGAUGUUUAUCUGCAACCUCUAAUAAAGGAGUUGACCUUGUUGUGGGAGACAGGUAUAGAAGCAUUUGACAUUUCAAAAAAGCAAAACUUUCAACUAAGGGCAGCUUUGAUGUGGACUAUAAGUGACUUUCCAGCAUAUUCUAUGUUAUCAGGAUGGAGUACUGCGGGCAAGUUAGCUUGUCCUUAUUGUAUGGAGGAGACACAAUCCUUUAGAUUAGAACAUGGUAGAAAAACAUCUUGGUUUGACAGUCAUAGGAUGUUUCUUGACCAACAUCAUCCUUUCCGGAGAGAUCGUAAAAACUUUUUUAAAGGCAAGACUGUCAAAAGAUUUCCACCACCUUACAAAAUAGGAGAGGAGAUUUUGAACCAAAUUUGUGACUUAGGGAUAAGGAAAGUAACUGAGUUAGAUGCAGAAGAGGUUAAUCGAAGAAUAUGUAAGUCUUGUGGAUGGAAAAAGCAAAGUAUCUUUUGGGAUUUGCCAUAUUGGAGUUCUAACAUGAUUCGACAUAACCUUGAUGUCAUGCAUAUUGAGAAAAAUGUCUUUGAUAAUGUAUUUAACACGGUUCUUAAUAUUGUUGAUAAAACCAAAGACAAUUCACAAUCACGUUUGGAUAUGGUAAACUAUUGUGAUCGACCUCAGUUGGCAAAGGAUUCAAAUGGUAAAUACCCCAAAGCUGUAUACACAAUAGACAAGGAAGAAAAAGCUAUCUUGUUUAAUUGGGUCAAAGAUUUGAAAUUUCCAGAUGGGUAUGUUUCAAAUUUGGGUAGAUGUCCAGACACAAAUACGAAAAAGCUAUAUGGCAUGAAAAGUCAUGAUUGUCACGUGUUCAUGCAAAGACUUUUGCCUAUUGCUUUUCGUGAAUUACUUCCUAGUAAUGUGUGGCAAGCACUUACAGAGUUGAGCUUAUUUUUUAAAGAUCUUACUUCAACCACUCUACGAGUGGAUGACAUGGAGAGAUUAGAAGCAGAUAUCCCACAAAUUUUGUGUAAGUUAGAACGUAUAUUUCCUCCAGGGUUCUUUGACUCGAUGGAACAUUUGCCUGUGCACCUACCAUAUGAAACAAAGAUCGCUGGACCUGUACAAUAUCGAUGGAUGUAUCCUUUUGAAAGUAUGUACGUGCAACGUUUGCAAGAAGAAUCUCCCAAUUUAUCACAGUGUCAGAUAGAUGAGAGCCUUGAGGCAUAUUUUUCUAUAUGGUUUAAGGAAUACGUCCGAUGCAAUCAUAUAGAGAAUAAAUUCUUGCGUAGCCUUGCUCAUGGACCAUUAAUAGGCGCUACAUGUCAUUCAAUGUAUUUUGUUAAUGGAUACAAAUUUCAUACAGAAUGUUAUGGUAGCGCUAGAUCAACAAUGAACAGUGGAGUUUGUAUCUCAGAUCCAAAUUCUGGUGAUUACUAUGGACAGAUAAAAGAGAUUAUACAAGUGGAAUACCGUGAAGAACCUUUAAAGCAAACUGUCUUAUUCAAGUGUGAAUGGUUUGACCCAACUAUAGAUGUUGGUGUGAAGAAGCAUAAUCAAUACAAAUUGAUUGAUGUUAACCAACGUCGUCGGUAUAAAAAGUAUGAACCUUUUAUUCUUGCAAUGCAAGCAACACAAGUGUGUUAUGUCCCAUAUCCUAGCAAGAAAAAGGACAAGAUUGAUUGGUUAGCUGUAUUGAAGGUUAAACCUCGUAAUGUUGUGGAAUUACCUGAUGAGGAAGUGGCACCAACUCCAGAACUGAAUGUUCCAUUUCAAGUCAAUGAAGUUGAAGUCCAUGAGAUAGAUAUGAAUGUUUCUGUUGAUGAAGAAAUACUCUUACAUGAUUUAAAUGGGGGUGUACUUGAAAUGGAAGAACCCAUUGAUGGGUUACAUCCAAAGUAUCAUGAAAUCCCUGGAGAAUCUACAGAGGAGGAGUAUGAAACUAAGGAGGAGUAUGAAUCUGAAGAAACUGAGGAGGAGUAUGAAUCUGAAGAAACUGAGGAGAAUGAGGAAGAAUUUGAAGAAGAUUUAGAUAGUGACUAG